AGUUCUUGCCUUAAAACCCCUUUUACUCUCAAUUCGAUUUCAGUUACAAGAAAUUUCGGUUUUAAACAUUUCUCUUUUGCCAACAAAACCAACUUUGAAAAUGGCUCAGUCACUUAAAUUUGAGAAAGAAUUCGUUCAAACUUCAGAGAGAGUGAAGGCUGUGGAUCUACAUCCAACAAAACCAUGGAUUUUAGCCGCUUUGCAUUCAGGAACUGUCAGUAUUUGGAACCACCAGUUACAGAAAAUAGAGAAGUCCAUCAAGGUCACCGAAUCACCAGUAAGGUCAGCAAAGUUCAUAGUGAGGGAAAACUGGAUUGUUAUUGGAGCUGAUGAUGGAUUUAUUCGUGUCUACAACUACGAUACAAUGGAAAUGAUCAAAGAAAUCAAGGCACAUACAGAUUACAUUAGGAGUCUGGCUAUUCAUCCAACCUUCCCAUGUAUGUUGUCGUCCUCGGAUGACAAGCUUAUAAAGCUGUGGGACUGGGAGAAGGGUUGGGUUUGCAGUGGUGUCUUCGAGGGCCAUGAACAUUACGUGAUGCAAGUUGCAUUCAAUCCAAAAGACUUCAAUACUUUUGCAAGUGCAUCACUUGAUGGGACUGUAAAGAUUUGGAAUAUGGAUUCCUGUUCUCCAAAUUUUACAUUGGAUGCACAUUCGAAAGGGAUUAAUUGCAUUGAACACUUCAUGGCUGGUGAUAAACCAUUUUUAAUUAGUGGUUCUGAUGAUUACACUGCCAAGGUAUGGGACUAUGAAACCAAAAGUUGUGUCCAAACGCUAGAAGGCCAUACGCAUAAUGUUACUGCAGUAAGUGUCCACCCAGAGCUUCCCAUUAUAAUUACUUGUUCUGAAGAUGGAACUGUUCGUAUAUGGGACACAACAAGUUACAGGCUUGAGAACAAAUUGGAAUAUGGUCUUGAAAGAGUCUGGACUGCUGCUUUCAUGAAAGGUUCUAGCAAAGUCGUAUUUGGAUGCGAUAAAGGGACAAUUGUGGUCAAAAUUAGUCGCUUCCAUGACUCGGAUUCUACCAUUGUUUGACGCAAAGAAGUACUGGCUUGCGUUGUCUAUCUUCAGCUUGAAGAUGAAAAAUGAUUACAUUUACUUGUUUUUAUGCUCCUCCCAUUAGUGUGUCUAACCAGGAAUAAAGGCUUCUCUGGGCUUCUAAUUAAACUGGAUUUGUCAUAUUUUAGUUUGUGCUUGUAGUGUGGUUCUAUAAAUUCCAAGGAAGAAAUGUCAUAUGCAAUAGUGUUGAUGAUCCAAUGUGCAAAUGCAGUUCAUUUAGUAUAAAACAGCCUUCUGGUUCUAUGCUUUGAAGAUCUUUCCUUCUUUUUACUGAUUAAAGGAUCUUUUGACUGGAAACUAAAUUAUUUGGAAGAACCAAUAUUUAAACUUGAAGUUUAACUCAAUUAGUUUAUAUAAUCAUCUCUUUAUCAUUUAAUAGAUUUGAAAUUUAAAUUUUAACAUAUGCAAUACUUUCCCUUAUACCCAACCUGUGAUAUCUUCUGCAAAAAGGCAUCCCAAUUUGUAUGUAGGAGAACAAAGCUUCAUAUUUCAUGCUUCCAAGUGCUAUUACCACCCUCAGGGAGAAAAACAGAGAGAUUGGCAACUUGGAAUCUGAUCAUUGACCAGCCUAAAAGAUAAUAGGAAUCUAAUUAAGUUGUCACCGGAUUUUAAACAGAGUGAGAGAGGUUUUAUCAAUUAUGAAUGCAAUUCAGACUUUCAGUGGACAAAAAUGAAUUACUGUGUCAUGUUGAAAAGUUUAAAUAAGGUAAGCCAAUACCAUAUCCACAUCAAUAUUCUUGAUAAAUUGCCCUGAAUCUGUCUCUUCCCGGUGAAUAUUUGUUAUUUUACCAUUUCCUUUCUCUUAAAAAGGAAAGAAUUAUAAUCAAAUUAUAUGAUCACUAAUACUUGAUACAAUUUUAUAUUCUUUUUACCUUCAUUUAUAGUGGAGGCCACAAAAUAACUUAGAUCCAAAAAAAUUGAAUUUGAACGAUUCUAAUUUGAAAUGACUUGCAUCUCAAUAAUUUAAAUCCAACAAAAUUUAAAUUUGAAAUAAUCCAAACUCCAAA